UUCCUCCAGAUUCCAGAUACUCCUGAGGAAUGGAAGAAAGUUGCGAGCCAGUUUGAGACAUGCUGGAACUUCCCCAAUUGUAUUGGUGCUUUAGAUGGGAAGCACAUUCGCAUCCAACCUCCUGGUAACAGUGGAUCCAUGUACUAUAACUAUAAGCACACCUUCAGUAUUGUUCUAUUAGGGUUGGUCAAUGCAGAUUACAAGUUCUUAUAUGUUGAUGUUGGAUGCAAUGGCAGAGCUGCCGAUGGAGGAGUGUUUUCACACUCCUCGUUGUUUCGUGCACUUAAAGGGAAUGCACUGAACAUCCCAGGCUCUGCUCCACUGCAAGGUGAUCCAACCAAGCAGCUGCCUUAUGUCAUGGUAGCAGAUGAUGCAUUUCCUUUAAGGAAAGAUCUGAUGAAGCCUUAUUGUAAGAGGCAGUUGUCCAGAGAAGAAAGGGUGUUCAAUUACAGAUUAUCAAGAGCUAGGAGAGUGGUUGAAAAUGCAUUUGGCAUACUAGCCAAUCGGUUUCGUGUCCUGCUAAACCCGAUAGUCCUUUCACCAGAAAAGGUUGAGAUUAUCGUUCUCUGCGCUUGCUCACUGCACAACUUCCUGCGUUCGCAUAAAACAGCAAAAGCAGUGUAUGUACCCCCAGGGUUUGCUGACUCGGAAAACCCUUCAACCAGUGAGAUAGUACCAGGAAGGUGGAGAACACUAGUGAACCUGCCAAAAGCAGCACUACCAAAAACAACCAAUCAUGUGUACUCUGCAAAAGAGCACCGUGAUUUGUUGUGCGACUACUUUUCCUCUGAGGAGGGAUCUGUAGAAUGGCAGAAUGGCAUUGUGUAGGCCUAAGCAAUCUUGCACUACACUUUUGCACUUUGUAUGAACAUAUGCAAAAAUUACACUGCAAACACAACAGUGCAACUAAAGGAUAAGUAAUAUUUGUUA